CCUCAAUCGGAUCUCCCUUCACGGCGAGUAGAUAGAAAUCGACAAAAAAAAAAAAAAAAAAAAAAAAGGAGGGAGAAGAUUAGAAAUAUAUGGCGCUCAAUUUGGCCACCCAGGUCGGGCCUCUGUGCGGGACGCCGGUGGUGGUAGACACUGGAUCGGUGGCCAGGGUGGAUCAGCAAUCAGGGCCGAUGGCGGCGUGGAAGCAGCAGCCAGCAGGGGAGCAGAACUUGCGCUGCCGGAUCCAGAAGAGUGCGGAGCAGGAGGAGAUCGAUGUGACACUGCCGAUGAGCCCGGGGCGACCGCCCUUGCUGAUGGGUGCGCAGCCCGAUUUGUUAGUGGCGGACAAGGAAGCGGUGAAGUUGGAGGAGGCGGCGGUCGUGAUGGAGCACCUUGGCGGAGGCGGUGGGUCGGUCAAGGGGGUGCCGGUGUUCGUGAUGAUGCCGCUCGACACGGUGAAGCCGGGCGGACGGUUGAACCGGAGGAAGGCGAUAAACGCGAGUCUGAUGGCGCUGAAGAACGCGGGGGUCGAGGGGGUGAUGAUCGACGUGUGGUGGGGAUUGGUGGAGAAGGAUCGGCCGGGGGAGUACGAUUGGCGCGGCUACGAUGAGCUCCUGGACACGGCUCGACGCAUCGGCCUCAAGGUCCAGGCUGUCAUGUCCUUCCACCAAUGCGGGGGCAAUGUCGGCGACACCGUCAUGAUCUCUCUGCCGCAAUGGGUUCUGGAGGAGAUGGACAAGGACCCAGACCUGGCCUACACGGACCAAUGGGGCUGCCGUAACUACGAGUACGUCUCCCUCGGCUGCGACAUGGUGCCCGUCCUCAAGGACCGCACUCCGAUCCAAUGUUACGCCGACUUCAUGCGCGCCUUCCGCGACCACUUCGCCCCCCUGCUCGGCACCACCAUCGUCGAGAUUCAAGUGGGAAUGGGUCCUGCCGGCGAGCUGAGGUACCCUUCCUAUCCCGAAUUGAACGGAACCUGGAAGUUCCCCGGAAUCGGUGCAUUCCAAUGCUACGAUAAGUACAUGUUGAGUAGCCUGAAAGCGGCGGCGGAGAAGGCAGGGAAGAUGGAGUGGGGCAAUGGUGGCCCGACGGACGCGGGAGCCUACAACGACUGGCCGGAGGACACGUCCUUCUUCCGGCACGACGGGGGGUGGAACGGCCCCUAUGGAGAGUUCUUCCUCUCCUGGUACUCUCAGAUGCUCCUCGAUCACGGCGAGCGCAUCCUCUCCUCGGCUACCUCCGUCUUCGAUUCCGCCCAAGUCAAGAUCUCAGUCAAGGUCGCCGGCAUUCACUGGCACUACGGCACCAGCUCCCACGCGUCCGAGCUCACCGCCGGAUACUACAACACCCGUUACCGCGACGGUUACCUUCCGAUCGCACGCAUGCUCGGCCGGCACGGGGCUGUGUUCAACUUCACCUGCGUGGAGAUGCGCGACGGCGAACAGCCGGGCGAGGCGGCGUGCAAGCCGGAGGAACUGGUGAGGCAGGUAGCGGCGGCGGCGCGCGAUGCCAGGGUGGAGCUGGCGGGAGAGAACGCGCUGUCGAGGUACGAUGAAGCGGCGCUUGAGCAGAUUCUGAACACCGCGGCAAGGGGAGCGGAGGAGAAGAUGGCGGCCUUCACGUACCUGCGGAUGGGGCCAGAUCUAUUCCAGCCGGACAAUUGGCGGAGAUUCGUGGCGUUCGUGAAGAACAUGACUGAGGGGAGGGGGGAGCAAUGCCGGGAGCUGCUGGAGAGGGAAGCAGAUCGGUCAGUGUACGCCACCGUGCCUAAGGUGCAGUCGAGUAAUUGACUACUCGAGUGACCGUCGGAUGGAGUCGUGAAAGGAAAAGGGGUUUUUAUUUAAUCCACUCCUUUUUGUGGAUGUUAUUAGUUAUAGGGAGGAGUAGCAGCUAGAAGCCUAGAACUGUAAGUGGAAAGUUAUUUCUGAGCCGCAUCACACAGUAAUAACUAAAAAGGAAUAAAACCGUAAUUUUAAUAUUCAAAUUUUAUAA